CCUCGGUCUCUGUCCUUAGGUCCGUUACAUUCCCCCGAGUCCGAGAUUUCCCCUGAAACUGAUAUCAAUUCUUUCUCCUUCUGUAGUUCUAAUUCAGAGGGGAGAUGUACAAAUCGAAGAUUCAAGAGCUUUGCCAUCGGAAUUCGUGGAGUUUACCGGCGUACUCCACCGCCAAAGUCGGUCCUGAUCACAAUCCUCGCUUCUCCGCUACCGUCACCGUCAAUGGCGUUCCCUUUCAGACUGUUGAUCGGAGCCAAACAGCGAAAGAGGCUGAGAACAAAGCUGCAAAGAUCGCUUUCGACCAUUUCUCUACCCCGAACCGGCCAACUCACAUUCCUCGAAGUCACAUUUUUCAUGAUCUUGCAGGUUUCCAAGCUUCAAUCACAACUUACAAUAUUAAUCCAUUGUCCGGAGGAGGUACUUCAAAGCCAACCACAACAAAUUUAACACUGAAUACACUGGUGAAUGAAACUCCAGAGGUGGAGAAAUUUAUAGAUGUGCAGCAUUCAUACAAAAGUAAGCUACAAAAUUAUGCGCAGAGAAGAAAACUCACACCACCUGUGUAUUCAUCUGAACGUGAAGGUCCUCUUCAUGCUAGUCGUUUCAAGUCCAAGGUUAUGAUUGAUGGGAAAAGCUAUGGGAGUCUUGAAUUAUUCCCUAUGAAAAAAGACGCAGAACAGGCAGCUGCAAAAGUUGCUUUGGAGUCAUUGGACCUCGAAAUGGUUCAGGAGGAUGAUUCUGGUCUCUACAAGAACCUCAUACAACAAUUGGCUCAUAAAAGUUCUCAUGCUCCAAAAUAUAAGACUACUGUUUCUGGUCCACCUCAAAAGCCAAUUUUCAUCUCGACUGUGGAAAUAGGAGGAAAGUCUUUUCAAGGACAAGCAUCAAAGAGGAAGAGGCAGGCAGAGGACAAUGCAGCAAAGCUUGCUUAUUCAAGCUUUCGAGAAUGCUAUCAAAGUGAUCAGGCAAGGCAAAUUCGGGGCUCCCCACACCUUGAAGGAAAUUACACAUUGCUUGUCUAUGUGCCAGUUCACAUACCAUCUACAGCCACAAAGGAGCUGGCCCAGCUUCUGAAAAAAGUCUCAUCUCAUGUACCUGGUUUAAAAGCCAUUGGUGAUGAUAUCCCACUCAACAUACUUCAUGAUGGUGAUCUCAAGGUCGAACAAGUUACUUUGGGGAGAGAAUUUCAUAUAAGUUUGGGGAGAACUGUUCACAUUUCACUGCAACAAAUUGAUUCAGUGGUGUCAAACCUUCGAAAGAAGCUUCAGUUUCAGCGUCAGAUGUAUUGGAUUGACUUCAGUAAGUUGGAGGUUUUUGUUAAUGAUCAUCGCAAACGCUCCUUUCUUUCAAUCGAAGUUACAACACGAGGGUUAGCUGAGAUAACCGAGCAGAUAGCAGCUGUUGAUGAAGUUUAUAAGCUUCACAAUCUACCUGAAUAUUAUAAGGAUCCCCACCCACAUGUAUCGAUAGCUUGGGCAUCGGGCAAUGUCAGAGAUUUACUGAAGGAAGCCAUUGCAGAAGAGACGAAGAAAUACUCUUCAUUUGGGGGAUAUGUGCAGAAGCCUAUAUUUACCUGCAGGCAGAGCAGGGCUGAUGUCAAAACUCUGGGAAGGAGAAGGAGCUGCACUUGGAGGUGGCGCCGCUGGGUUGACGGUGAUGGCCAACUUCUGGCCGCCAACAGCGCAGUGCUGGCCGAUGCCGCAAAGGUACCUCUUCCGGCCGGGAGUUGCUAGCACGAUGGUGUUGUUGCCGGAUGUCAGAGCUUCUUUCAGUGGCGGCUUGGUGCAGUUCUGAAAGGCUGUUCCGUUCACCUUGAAAACGUUGUGAGCUCCGGCGGGAUAUUGAAAGACUGCAUGAUUUGGUCAGAAACCAAGGUAAAGAAAACAUGUUUCGAACCGAACACAAAAAACUGAAAACACGACAAUGAAAUCAAAUGUAGGCGACCCCUGAAACUCACUGAGCUUAUCUCCAACCCGGGAAUCUUUGCCUUGAGCCCAGGUUUGAUAAUUGAAAUUUAUCGCCCAACCCGUCUCGUCUCCUACAAUGAAAUCCUUACCGGAGACAAACGCCGGAAAAAAUGAGAGCAAUAGUGAUGAAAACAGGCGUGGCAGCCAU